AUGACGCCCGGCGCACGCGUCACAAUGCCAGACUACACAGACGAUGCGAGCUCGGAAAGCCUGCCUCUUCUUGAUUCCGACGACAGCGAAAUCGAAGAGACAUGUUCUGUUCUCCACAGUACGCAAUGGGAGAGACACGUAGAGCCGUCCUUGGCAACAGUCCAACCUCAGGCUUUCGAGAGCGCCACGCUGUUUCGUCAGCGCUUCAUUCGCCAGAUCCUAGGACUGAACCCAUUUAGAACAUCCUACUUCACUCUGUACAGGCAGCUGGAUGACACCAGCUCCAAAGCCAUCCUAGCGCUGGCCAUAAUAUUUGCUGUGCUUGCAGGCCUGCCACUCCCGUUAAUAGGCGUGAUUCUAGGCCGCAUUAUCAACAACUUCCCGCCAAAUGCGGAUGAGCUAAGACAUUUGCUCUACCGUCUCAUGUCAGUUGCGGUUGGCUACUUUUUUGUCACGUGGGGAUGGUCCGUAUGUUGGGCCGUCACGGGCGAGCGCGUUAGUAGGAAAACCAGAGAGAGGCUCCUUCGUCGUGCUCUUGGUAUGGACAUGGCCUAUUAUGACACUGUCGCGCCGGACUUGUCCAGCAUCCUCACCGAAAAGACUCAAACCAUCCAGCUUGGAACCUCGGAGAAAGUAGGCCUCUUCAUUGCUUCAAUCAGCUACUUCAUCUCUGCAUUCACUGUAGGCUUUUUGCUCAACGCAAAGCUUACUGGGGUAAUGUUCUUCACUGUAAUACCUUCAAUGGCGUUCGUUGUCUGCUUUGGCACCAAGACCGUUUCAGAUCUUACCAAGCAAGCCUCAAUAUACACCGAGAAGGCUUCUUCUGUUGCAGAAAGUGCCAUCAGAGCAGUCCAGAUUGUGCAGGCCUUUGGCCUCUUUGAAAGACUCAGCGAAGAACAUGUGCAUCACCUUCGUUCUGCCCUCAGGAUAGGAGUGAAGAAGAGCUUUGCGGGUGCUCUUAUGCUUGGUUCGGUCUACUUUGUGGCUUACGCCACCAAUGCACUUGCAUUCUGGUAUGGCGAUCACCUACGACAUGGCAGCGCUGAAGCAGGAACUAUCUACGCUGUCGUUUUUCUCAUUCUAGAUGCCUCCUUUGUCGUUGGUUCUUUUGGACCUUUUAUACAAACAUUUGCAAUGGCUGCUGCUGCUGGAGCUGCAGUACUGGAUGUCCUGGAUCACCCCACUUCCGAGAUCGACGUUUACUCUGCUAAGGGGAAGCCAGCCCAAAAAGUGCAUUUUGAGAGAGAGUUGGUGCUCUCGGCAGUUUCGUUUGUCUACCCUGCUCGGCCUACCGUUCGUAUCCUUGACAGUGUUGAUCUGCGUCUCAAGCCUGGGCAAGUCACGGGCCUUGUUGGUCCAUCAGGAUCUGGAAAGUCUACCAUCGCCUCUUUGCUCUUGCGGCUGUACGAUCCCACAUAUGGCAACAUUAGCCUUGGGAAGGAUAAUUUGAAGUCCUUCAACCUUCAUAGCUUACGCUCACAUAUUGCACUUGUCACACAAAAUCCGGUACUUUUCACAGGAUCUAUCCUUGACAACAUCAAGCACGGUAUUCCCCAGGGAGAACUUCAACAUCUUACAGAAGAUGAAAUUCUUUCUCGAUGUCAGACAGCGGCAACCGAAGCAUACUGCGACUUUUUGGAGCGUCUGCCCGAGGGAAUCCACACCAAGAUUGGAACUGGCCCGCAGUCGCAGCUCUCUGGAGGCCAAAAACAGCGUAUUACUCUUGCCCGCGCAUUGGUCAGGAGCCCAUCCCUACUUCUUCUAGACGAAUUCACAAGCGCAAUGGAUGCCACAAGCGAGGCUGUAGUUCUCGAGAAUCUGCGACGUUCCUCAGCUGCGACCGGCCGAACCACCAUCAUUAUUGCGCAUCGACUUGCUACUGUAAAGGAUGCGGAUCGUAUCAUCGUGAUGCGGGACGGCACUAUUGAGCAAGAUGGAAAUCAUGAAUCUCUUGUUCAACAAAGAGACGGUAUAUAUGCCGAACUUAUCAGAGCACAGCAGUUUGAGAAAGGCCGCCCAUCUGCUGUUUCGUCUUCACGUUCUAGUAUACGACACUCUCACACGGAAGACGAGCGAGUGCCAAACGAUGUUGAGGAACAAGAUUCGAGAGGCUCGAGCGAAACGGGCAAUCAGCGCAAAAUGAAUGCUGCGGAGCUGAUUGGGAGAUCGUUGUCGUUGAGCCGCCUUGAAGCACCGGCGAUUGCCCUCGGUCUAUUUUCUUCAGUGUUUAGUGGUGCGGUUAUCAUUGGAGAGGCGCUCAUUUUUGGAAAUCUGGUACAACUUCUGAACGACACCAGCGGGUCUGACGAUACCACGCGCCAAAUUUCAUUUUACUGUCUACUCUUCUUUAUUCUGGCCAUUGUUGCUUUGGCCUCUCACUCUUUUGGAAAGACGGCUUUCGGUAUUGUGUCCGAAAACCUUACUCUGCGAGUCCGAGACCUCUCCUUCCGGACCAUCUUGCAACAGGACAUUGCGUGGUUCUCCAAGCCUGGACAUUCUCAUCAUGCGCUCAUGUCACGACUAAACUCUGAUAGUGGAAGCAUCAGCGGACUAUCCGGUGUUAUACUUGGGACGAUAUUUUCGAUCGCGACUUCAGUGGUUGGUGGCAUCAUUCUAGCUCAUAUUGUAGCGUGGAAGAUUGCUAUAGUGCUACUGGCAGCCGUGCCUGUCAUGCUUCUCGCUGGCUUCCUCCGUCUUCGCAUUUUGGCUAUUGCAGAGGACCACCACCAAACUGCAUAUAAUGGAGCGGCAGCCCUGGCAUCUGAGGCAACAUCUUCGAUGCAGAUUGUCGCAGUCUUUGGCCUUGAAGAGCACUUCUUCCAAGCCUAUAGGGAAGCAAUACGGAAACCGUACGAAGAGCAUCUUCGAUUUAGCAUGCUUGGCAAUAUUUUGUUUGCAUUUUCCUUGUCAAUUACUUACUUUGUGUACUCGUUGGCCUACUGGUGGGGCUCUAAACAAGUACGCAGUGGCAACUACACGCAACGAGACUUUUUUAUUGUACUUCCCGCGUUGCUGUUUUCUGCGCAAUCUGCAGGCCAGCUGUUCAGUCUGGCACCAGAAGUGACACGCGCAAAAGCUGCCGCGCAGAGCGUAUUUUCACUGCAUGAUGAGAAGCCCACGAUCAUGACAGAGUGCACGUCUUUGCCGACAAAUACCACACCAGAUACUGUGGGUCUGUUAUCUGAGUCUACAGCUUCAGCUUCAUACGGUACUUUUGGCGUUCGAGGAGAACUCGAGUUCCGUAAUGUCAGCCUUCAUUAUGAGAGUCGGCCGACUGUCCCUGCGUUGAAUGAUGUGUCUUUUCAGAUACGACCAGGCGAGAACGUGGCAUUCGUUGGCCGUUCAGGGGCUGGCAAAUCGAGUACGAUUCAUCUGAUAGAACGAUUCUUUGAUCCAACGUCUGGGCAAGUGUAUCUCGAUGGUCAGGACAUUCGCCAAGAACCUGUUCGUGACCACCGCGCCCGUCUAGCACUAGUGGAGCAAGAGCCAGACCUCUUCCCCGGUUCAGUCAAGUUCAACAUUGGCCUUGGUGAUCGCCCAGGUACCACCAGUAGCGAUGCAGACAUAGAGCGUGUGGCCAAAGAGUGCGAACUGCACAACUUCAUCAUGAGUUUACCAGAAGGCUAUAACACCGAGGUGGGAGCGCAUGGUUCCAAGCUCUCUGGCGGCCAGCGCCAGCGUCUCGCUAUCGCCCGAGCACUCAUCCGUGAUCCGGAAAUUUUACUGCUCGAUGAAGCAACAUCGCAGCUUGAUGCUAACACGGAGAGGGACAUCAGGAGAGCGAUUGCUGCUGCUUCAAAGGGUCGAACGACAAUUAUGAUUGCCCAUCGACUGGCAAGCGUACAACAUGCCGAUCGCAUAUUUGUGUUUGAUGCGGGACGAAUUGUUGAGCAGGGCAGACACGAGGAGCUUGUGGCCCUAGGAGGCAUCUAUGCAGGCAUGGUUGCUACGCAGGAGCUGGACUAA